AUGUUUCAUCACGUCAGACCUUCAAGGAUUCAGCUAGACGAUGGCCUCAGUCUCGAUAGCGGUCUGGGUAUGGCGUCUCAGCCAUCCUCGCCCAUAACCCCAAAGCAUCUCGCGUCUUUCGAGUAUAUAACAAGGCGCCUGUCGCCCACCAAUCCAUUCAGCGAUGAUGCCGCCACCGGUCUAGGCGACCUCUUUCCUGGCGAGAGGAGCGAACCAUCACCAGUGCCAGAACCCAGCACCCCAUCGAGGGAACUCACUCACCCACCCACACCAAAAACUGAACCUCAGCCACACACCACUCCCCUCCUCACAGCAGACCCCCGGGUAACAAGGACAUUAUCACUCAAACUUGGUCCCAUACCAAAGAAGCACCGCCAAAGCACCACCCAACUCGCCGAGCAGCUUCACCACGCCAUUGAUAAGAACGAUACCGGCACAAUCCUGGAGCUCAUCAAAGAGGGCCGAAUUGACCCCAACAUCCAAAGACCAGGAUCAAGCCUACCCCCCCUUCAUGAGGCCCUCGGCGCUCGUUCCGUCGAUGCCACCAACUUCCUCGCCCUCUCAGGCGCAGACUUGGAAGCAACUAACAGGACGAAAGAGACAGCCAUCAUUACUGCCACCAAGAACGGGUUCCCCAGUGCCUCCAUCACCUUACUCUGCGAACUUGGCGCCAAGCUAGACGCCGUUGACAUAUUCGGCCGAUCAGCGCUUCACUACGCAGCAAGCAGCCACGGCUCAGCUUCAUCUCCCCCUUCCUCUUCGUCUGGGAAGUCCAUCGAGGAUGCCAAGGUAGAAACGGUCAAGAUCCUAUGCUCCCACGGUGCCAACCCAAACCUGCCGGACGAAACAGGCCACAUGCCUCUCCACCAAGCGGUCCACAGCGUGCACCUAGCCGCAGCCAGACAACUCCUUGACUGCGGUGCCGACAUCAACGCCGCAACCAAGAGCGGACGGACUCCUCUUUACUUGGCCAUCGCUAAGCGCAGCACGGACAUUGUCUCCGUUCUCUGCGAGCGCGGUGCUGUUAUCAACCGCCGCGUUGGUGAUUCCACACCCUUGCUGGCCGCCAUCACGGCGGGCUGUACCGAUAUUGCUCGGGUGUUGAUCCAGGCGGGCGCUGCUGACCCCAACUUGUCUGGAGGGAAGGGAAACUUUCCCUUGCUCAUGGCAUCGGCAUUGGGGAAUGAAGAGCUAGUUGAACUGCUAUUGGCACGUGGUGCUGAUGUGCAUGUGGCGAGCAGCUCGACCGGGAUGACACCGUUGCACGUGGCAUGCCAGGGCGGGCACGAGGGGAUCGUGGGCAUGUUGAUCAGAGCUGGAAUGCCAGUGGACGGUGUAAAUAAAGACGGACUGACGCCGCUCGCGCUGGCCGUUGAGGGUGUUCAUGAUGAGAUUGUGAAGAUGCUGUUGAUGCAUGGCCGUGCGGAUGCGAAUCAUGCGUAUGAAGGGCAGUCUCUGCUCUGGAGGGCUUUGAAGGGACUGACUGCUGCUACCACUCGCGCCUCCAGGAAUACAAGCAGCCCGGGGAUGCCGACAGCGGUAGCCCAUGCCAAGUACGUGACGGUGACUGCGAUGGAGAGGAUCAUUCAUCUCCUGAUAUCGUCCGGUGCCGAUGUCACUGCUCCACAGGAUGAGCUUGGGAUCAGUCCGCUGCAUCAGGCUUGCCGACUAGGGCUGGACUCUAUCGUUGAGAUGAUGCUCUCAACGCCACGAGAUGCCUACGUAUCCGCUCCGUUUUACAGCGAGAAGCAUGGCAAUGGUGGUAUUAUCGAAACACAGCUAUGGUCAGGCCACACUCCCCUCUUCUUCGCCGUUGAAGGUGGUCACUUGACCACAACCAAGCUCCUAAUCGAGAAACACCAUGCGGAUAUCAACACCCGAACAGCGGUUAACGCAACCCUGCUAUGGGCGGCUGUCGGUCACCCACAUAUAUUACGCUACCUCUUAACCCUGAAGCCUUUGCAAGAACAAGGGGUUGAGAGAACGGGAAGUGUCCGCAAGCGGCUAAGGCUGGUGAACUUUGGGCGCAUCAACGAAGAGGGGAUAUUGGGAGGAGAAGGAUUUGACUUGAACCAUAGAGAUCAUGGAGGAGCAACGGUUCUUCAUGCUGCAGCCGCCGCGGCUCAGCUAGAAGAUGUGAGGAUACUGCUGAGGAAAGGGGCAAAACAGUUUGCUGCUCAUGAGGUUUAUGAUGAUUUGGCAGGGAGGAAAGGAGGUACAUACCGACAAGGAACACCGGCUGGAAUUGCCAGACAAAAAGGACAUGACAAGAUCGCGGAGAUGAUAGAAGGCUGGCGGUAA